GCUCUGAGCAUGUGCUCUUUGUUUGCGGUGUGUGUGUGUGGCUGAAUGCAUUCAGCUGUCAGUGUGAGACAACAGCAGUUCAGUCAGUCUGCUGCUUUAGAUUCCUCAUCGCUCUCGUCUCUUCAGGAUGCCACUAUAACAGCGAGGAGGAGAUAUCAGUAUCUGCGUAUAUGGAAUCCUGCUAGUACAACGAAGUUUAGUUUGCACUAGAGUUUUCAGCACUCUAGAUACCCACUUGUAAUCGAACACUUGGGAGCAUGAAGGGAGCACGAUCGGGACUCUGGAGAGCCGGUGUCCUGCUGCUUCUCAGCGGCUGCGUGUGCGGAACUAUGCCGGAGGAACCCGCGGACAGACCGGCUCCGUCAGACGGCUACUGCAGCUGGAUAACGCGGGCUCAGCCGCAUGGAGCCGGGGGCAGGAGGGAGAGCUUCAGUGACUUCAGACUGCGGGUGGAGGGAGAUCCGGAGCACUAUCAGCCCGCUAGCACUUACCGAGUAACCCUGUAUGCUACCAACCCUGCGUACUUUAGAGGCUUUACUCUCAUUGCUUUGAAGGAGGGACAGAACGGUGACCAUGAGGAGGAUUAUGCUGGAAAUUUCCAGAGCCAAGCUGAGAUUCAGCUACACCUGGCAAAGCUCUUACAUCAACACCAUAUGCCGUCUCUUCGCACCAGCUCUCAUGCUAUGCCAGAGAAUGGAAAAGGAAAGAAAAAGACCCAUUAA